AUGAAACUUGCUGGCCGUCGAUACGGACUCAUUCUCCUACCAAUCACAGACGCUGAUGGCAGUCUCUUGUACGCCGUGGGCGACCCAUCACGCCUGACACUCGCCCGAUCAGAAGCCAAACCAGCUCAAAUUCUCGCCCUUCUCGAGAUUGAAAGAUUUGAGCAAUUCGGUUUCGACGACAAGGAAAUUGCUCUCAUGUGCUCUUCACAUAGUAGCGAGGAGCGUCACGUUCAGUCCGGGGUCACGAUGCUGACCAAAAUUGCGGCCAAAGAGCAAGACUUGCGGUGCGGAGGUCACCCGUCAAUGUCCGAGAGCGUCAACAACGAAUGGAUCAGGAAAGGGUUUACGCCUGGGGCUCUCUGUAACAAUUGCUCUGCGAAGCAUAUCGGCAUGCUAGCCGGGGCCAAAGCACUGGGGCAAGAUGAGGAGUAUCACUCGUCCAAUCACGAAGGCCAAAUUCGUGUCAGACAUACCUUUGAGGAGCUUACUGGCCUGAAGGCUGACGAGAUCAAAUGGGGCAUCGACGGAUGCAACCUGCCAGCUCCCGCCCUUCCUCUCCGUGACAUCAGUCACCUUUAUGCUCUCCUUGCUCACGCUGCAGACGCUGACGCUCAGGGUUCUGCGACGGACCCAAGGACGAGGCAUUUGGCUAGGAAUUACCAUUCUAUGUGGCGGUUCCCCGAAAUGGUUGCUGGGGAUGCUAGAUUCUGUACUGAACUGAUGCUCAAGCAUGGUGGUACUCUCGUGGGUAAGCUGGGUGCCGGUGGGUGCUAUGGUGUUGCCAUCCGAGACUCCGAAGAGACGCGGCGUCUGGGGGCCAACUCGGGUUUGGGAAUCUCUGUCAAGUUUGAAGAUGGAAACGAGGAAAUUUUAUAUGCAGCAGUGAUGGAGAUUUUGGAACAACUUGGCAUCGGUUCUGUGGAAAGCCGUGACGCUAUGAAGGCGUUCCACCACAUUGAGCGCGUAAACACAGCCGGCGUCAUUACUGGAAAGGCGUCGUUUUCUUUCAAAUUACGCAAGCCUUAA